CUCAGGCUGCACGAGGCUGCACCGCCUCAUCCUCCGCUGAUUAAUACAGUUCUAGCAUUAUUCCCAGCGCAGCACCUGGUCGAAUGGCAGAGAAACAAUUCAGAUUCGCCAUAUACUCUUCGCAGCCUUGUGCCCUCGUCACCCACCUGAUUUAUCCGAAUAUCUUGCCGGCUAGAAUCGCUCUAUCGCAAGUCCAAGACAUAACGACCAAACAACACAGUACAUCAGUUCUGCCGAAACCCAACCCAUGCGGAUUCAAUAUCGAGACCAGACCCUCGAAUUUGAGGAUGAGGCCGACGAAACCAUCAAAGGGCUCGCGACACGAUGCGCCGAGAAAAUCGGUGCCGACGUCGAGCGGAUAUCACUCUUCUUCCUGCCCAGGCCGGGUCUCGUCAAGCACCCGUUCCCCGAGCGCAAGCUGAGCGAGUUUCUCACCCCGACGACGCGCAUCAAACUAGUUGGCACGCCAAACACCGAAAUCAAAAAGAUGGAUGACAUGGCGGCGGCCAGCCGACGUGUAACUCGACCCAGCAGCUUCAAGCCGGUGCAGGCAAACAAAAGUCGGGACUGGAAGCGGAUCCAGGAAGAAAGCAAAUACACAUUCCACGCCAUCGAACCUUUACCGUAUCUGCCGAAUCCCGAGAAGAGUCGGAGAUAUCUGGAGCGCCUCGCGAAUGACCCGGGCAUCAAGGCGGCGAUGCGCAAACAUAAAUUCAGCGUGGGCCUACUCACCGAGAUGAACCCGGCCGAACAUACAACGCACGAAUCCAAGACGCUGGGACUUAACCGGAACCGGGGCGAGGUGAUUGAACUGCGCCUACGGACGGACCGCUACGACGGAUAUCGAGACUACAAGGUCAUCCGCAAGACGCUCUGCCAUGAACUUUCCCACAACGUCUGGGGCGAACAUGACCGCAACUUCUGGAAUCUCACCAAGGAGAUUGAGCAAGAGGUGGAGAGGAACGACACGCUGCAUGGCGGACAUCGUCUUUCCAAUGAAGAGUUCUAUGACCCUAACGACACUUAUGAUGACGCAGAACAUGCCGACCAUGGCGGCUGGACCGGCGGCGACUUUGUGCUCGGUCGGUCACAGGAUGCCCCGGCCGAGACUGGCUUGAGUCGGCGAGAGAUCAUUGCUCGUGCAGCCCUGAGCCGGCAGCAGAAGGAGAGGGAGGCUCGACAACAACAACAGCAACAAGAGCCAUCGUCAUCCUAAGUGGCUAGCGAGAGAUGGAAUUUUGUGUGUUUAUUUGUUUGUAUUCUCUUCCUUAUAGCAAGGCGCUGGGGGUAAACUUGGAUUGCUUGUUUGAUAUAUGGCAAUUGCAUAGACAUGAAUUGAUGACAACAGCUGUGAUGAGAUUUUGAGCAUUAAUAAAGCGGCAUACAAACAG